GAGGAGGUGGUGGAAGACAGCAACAAAGCCGUGACUUGUCCGUCGGGAAGUCCGUUUUGGUCCGUCAGUCAGGAUGUCGUCGAAGCCCGUCGAAAAACCCGAGCAGGUUUUACUUAUCGAGCCGCAGAACGAGCUGCGAUUCAGGGGCCCUUUUACAGGAGGCCCAGUCACAUCAUAUAUAAAAUUAAUUAACCCAACGAAUAAAAAGGUAUAUUUUAAGAUAAAGACAACUGCCCCAAAGAGAUACUGUGUACGUCCAAACUCUGGAGCUCUCAAGCCAAAGGAUGUCACUGAAAUAGCAGUAUGCUUACAACCAUAUGAUUUUGAUCCGUCGGAAAAAAAUAAACACAAAUUUAUGGUGCAAACUGUGAUAGCACCAGAUGAUGAUGAUGAAGAAUAUCCAAUUGAUGUGUGGAAGGACAUAAAUCCAGAUCAGUUAAUGGAUUCCAAGCUGAAAUGUGUCUUUGAAAAUCCUGUAACUAGUACUACUACUACUACGGCUAAAACGACUGCAACUUCCACAACAACUAAGGCAGACUCCAAUACAACUAAUGGAAAGAACAAGACAGUCGGUGAUUCGGUCAAAUCGUCACCUAAAGUUCUUGGUGAGGCAGAAGAAAAAUUAUUAAAAGCUGCACAAGAGGUAAAUCAGCUUAGGGUAGAAGAAAGCACGCUUAGGCAGGAAAAUCUUCAACUUAGAGAAGAUUUAAUGAAGUGGCGAAACGCGGCAUUGGGCAAUGAUGGUGGUAACCUUGCAGCAGCUAGAGGACUAACCUCGCAGAGCAGUAAUCAGUUAUCUCCGACAUCAACUAGUAUCCUCAUCGCCAUUGCCAUGGUUAUAGUUGGCUACUUGCUGGGAAAACUAAUUUGAACAACCUUUAUCUUACUGUAUACCUCAGUGUAUCCCCACCGCCCCCAAGUUUUUUUAGCCUGUCUUCUGCCAUCAUAUGUCAUCGUUCGAUCGCAGACACAGACUCUAAACGUUGCGUUACUCGAAUGUUCAUAAUAAAUGCUAUAAACACGAACGGUAGUGGUCUACAUUAAUAAUAGAGUUGCUCUCACGGGUGUGUGCUUAACUUGAUAAAAUGCUUGAUUUAAAUUAUUUUUUAUUCUAUUUAUUUUUUUUUCUUGAUCGUCUUCUUAAGAAACAUAGUUUUAAUUAGAAGAUGCUAAGGUAACGCUCGGUUUAUGUUUAUCAUUGUUACAUUCUCAUUUUUUGUGCUUGUAAAGGGAUUCUCCCUCUGUAACACAUGCUCUGCUCUCAAAAUAAUAGCGUUGAGCAAGGUGUAUUCACGAAUAACGAAUAAUGAUUUUGUGUUUAUAGAUACUCAAGAUAAUUAUUCGUCAUUCGCAUUGUUCAAUGCCUUGGAACUUUACUCGCUGAAAACAAUAAGUUACCAAUUACUGAUUGUUAUCGCACUCUUUCGAAUUUAUACACCUAUCCGCAAUAGGCCGAACUGUACUGGUGCAAAAAAAGAUUACACACGAACGAGUGAGGGUGCUACGCUGUCACAUAGCAUCUUUCUCUACGUAAUAUAACUCUUACAUCCUGUAAAAAUAAUAUUGUACAAUCGGAAGCAGAAAAUAGUGUCCAGUUGCGGGUGUACUGCAUGAGAAUGGCUGUUCGCUCGAUUUGCGUUGCUUUGGUGCAUCCACGCCGGGCGCCAUUCUCGUUCCCCGUUGUACAGAUUGUGUCCAUUUGAAAAUAUAUAAUACACAUAGUCGGGGCCGGAGGGGCGGAAAGAGGUAGAAGGCAGAGCUGGUUGAUGAAGAGUAGUGGUUCAUGAUCCAACAAUUGGUUGCGCUGGUCGUUAUAUCUCGCCAGCGUUGAUAUAUUAAAUGAAAAUAAUGAAGAGAGAGAGAGAGAGAGAGAAACGAUAAAAUCAUUGAACUUACUUGACGCUUCAGUGUACUUUUUAUUUCUUUAUGUUUGUCUUACGAAAAUAACGAAUAAAGAUAUGUCUCGGAUAUCACAAUA